AUGCAUGGAUGCACUAGCCCACGAGUUAUCGUUACGGAUAGAGAGUUGGGGCUGAUGAAAGCCUGUGCUCAAGUAUUUCCAGAGGCUUCAAAACUACUCUGUAGAUGGCACAUCUAUCAAAUCUUACAGAAGUUCCUGGCAGUGAUGAAAUAUCUGAAAGAUGUGUGGCUGACACCAUAUAAAGAGAUGUUUGUAUCUGCCUGGACAGACAGAUAUCUGCAUUUCUGGAACCACACGACUAAUAAGGUUGAGAGUCAGCAUGCUAAGCUGAAAAGAUAUUUGUGCUCGUCACAGUCAGACUUGGAGAGAUCCAUGUCGUGGAUUCAUCAGGUUAUCUUGUCUCAGGACACAGCUAUCAAAGCUAGCAUUGAGAGAAGUCAAACCAUCAUCCAACACCGAUUCAAUAUACCACACCUUCGGGAUUUAUGUGGUUUUGUUUCAAUCGAGGCAUUGAAUUUGAUGUUGAUUGAGUUUGAGCGGUCAAAAGAUGUUGGACAGGUUGCUUACAAAUGCGGAUGUCACCUUCGUAUGAGCUAUGGACUACCGUGUGCUCACGAACAAGCCAUGUACGUGAGCGAAGGUCAUACUGUACCGCUUGAUGCCAUUGAUAAAUUUUGGGGAAAUCUUGAUCUAAUGCAAUGUCAGUCGCUUGAAGAGGAUGACAUCGACUGUAACACUGAUGUACAAAUGUUCACAGAACAGUUCCAGCAGCAGCCAAGACAUGUAAAAGUCAAUUGGCUAAGGAAAUUGAGGGAAAUAUUCAGACCUUCAACAACUUCUCUUCGUGAACCUGCUGUGAAGACCAACACUAGAGGGCAUUCGUCCACAAAGAAAAAGGUAGCCACCACCACCCGUAACAAUCCAACUGCAUAUGUUGUUGAUAGGAGUGAUUUUGUUCAGUCUCGGGAGCCUCACAGACACAGUUCCUCAUCCAGACUCCCCGAAUCGAAGAUUUUUUAG